AAGGAGCAUCGAUCGCGAUCGCGUCGUCGAUAGGUAGUUCUCGCGAUCGCUGCAGCAUCAAAGAAUUUCAUUUUACUUUCAGCUCAGUUCCUUUCGGCGGUUAGUUGGAUACGCACGGAGCUCCUCCUAAGAAUAGCAAUCAAUCAGGGAGGAACGACCGGUUACUGUGGGAAGGCGACGAGAGUCUCCUCUUCAGAUUGCUUGAUUGUGGGCCGUGCCAGGCAGGGGGACGACGGUAGCUAGCAGUGCGGAGGUGUGCUGCUGCUGCUGACUUACAUACUUUAUUAUUUAUUGGUGCGCUUUCGAGGCUAGCCGCAACAUACCUUCUCGAUCGGCCGAGGUGAUAAUAGGUCAACGAAUAAUUAAAAGUGCUUACCGUAACCAAUGAGCUCGAUUUGUCUUGCCCAGUGACCUUUGCGACAAGUGUUUUUCGUGGUUUCGAGUGUUUCUGGUUGAACAUGAAGUUUGUUUUGGUUCUGGUGAAUGUGUACUGUUUGGUCAGCUAUGGAGUGCUGUCGUACAUAGUUGAACCGGGUCCGGUUGUUAAAGCUACCAAAGGUGAAAUUUGGCCCAAACCAAAGGAACAAACUUCGUCCGGUCGAUAUAAUGUUCUCAAGAGAACAUCUUUCCAUUUCAAGACUGCAAACUACACAUGUGAUAUUUUAGAGAAGGCCAUCGAACGUUACCAAAAGCUGAUCGUUGACGAAGCAAAUGACGCCCGGAGGUCAAUUUUCAGUACUGCGGCUGUAGGAAAUGAGUUACCUAGAAAAUCCUGGCGAUCAGAUGUGAAUUUCAAUGGUUACCUUGAUGAAGUGAAGGUCGACCUUAAGAUGCCAUGUGAGACUUUGCCGCACCUAGGAAUGGAUGAGUCUUAUGAUAUUACCGUUGAUGAUGCACGAGCAAGUAUCGAAUCGUACUCAAUAUGGGGUAUUUUAAGAGCCCUGGAAUCUUUCUCGCAGAUGGUGGUGUUGGACGAUGAGGGAACCAUGCUCCGUAUAAACUCCACCAUAAUUAGGGAUCGACCACGAUUCUCCCACAGAGGUCUUCUGGUGGACACUUCACGGCACUUCAUUCCGGUGUGCACUCUCGUGAAAAUCCUGGACGGCAUGGCAUACAAUAAGUUGAACGUUUUUCAUUGGCACAUUGUUGAUGAUCACAGUUUCCCCUACCAAAGUCAAGUCUAUCCGGAACUAAGCGCCAAAGGAGCCUAUCAUCCUUCGAUGGUCUAUACUCCGGCAGACGUGCAGAAGAUUAUCGAAGAAGCUCGAUUGCGAGGCAUUCGUGUCAUGUCGGAGUACGACACACCGGGACACACUCGUUCAUGGGGUGUUUCCCAUCCGGAACUUUUAACUGAGUGCCAUGAUCAAUACGAAGGGAAACUAGGACCGAUGGAUCCCACAAAGGAAUCCACCUACACGUUCCUGUUCAAUCUGUUUCAGGAAGUGGUCAAAGUAUUUCCUGAUCAGUAUAUUCAUCUCGGUGGCGACGAAGUCGGGUUCGAAUGCUGGGCUAGCAAUUCCGAUAUCAUGGACUACAUGGAACGAAAUCGUCUGUAUUCGUUUGAGAUGCUGGAGGAAAAGUUCAUCCAGCGAGUUGUCGAUCAGAUUGAUGUCCUGAACAGAAGUUCGCUUGUCUGGCAAGAAGUGUACGUCAACGGAGUGCGACUUCCCAACGGAACGGUAGUUCAUGUGUGGACUGGCAACCGACAGGAUCUGCUUCAUAGAAUAACUCUUGAAGGACUGCCUGCCCUGCUCUCAUCCUGCUGGUAUUUGGAUCACCUCGCUACCGGUGGAGAUUGGCGCAAGUUCUACAAUUGUGAUCCGCACGAUUUUGUUGGCACACAAUACCAGAAAGAUCUGGUGCUCGGCGGUGAAGCUUGCAUGUGGGCCGAAGUGGUGAAUGAGCACAACAUUCUGCAGCGUAUCUUUCCACGAGUAUCGGCUACGGCUGAAAAGCUAUGGUCACAGGAAGACGUUAACGAUGCCGAUGAAGCCGCCCAUCGUCUGGAGGAACAUGCUUGUCGCAUGAAUAAACGCAAUAUUCCUGCUCAGCCACCGAGUGGACCAGGAUUCUGUUUGUAGACAAAUAAGCACGUACAGAAAC